UAACCUCAAAAAGUGACAGAUAAGACAGAUUGCAUAAAGAGACAAAUACAGAUGUUUUGAUUUUCCAAAGGUUAUUUUUCUGUGAAAAAUAUACUUUUAGUUGCAACUGAUAGCCUAAAAUACUAUUAACAUGACUUCGGCACUGAUAAGUGCUAUCAAAAGGCUGCACAUUUCAGUAGUGCCUCAAAUUCGGGUAUUUUCUUCAAAUGCCGUUUCUGUGAGCUCUUUGGAUCAAAACACCUUAAGUAUUACAAAGAAGGAUUGGGCUUUUAAACCUCAAUACACAAAGCCCCGCGAGGUAUGGAUUGAAAACAUAGAUACGAUCGAAGAACAAAAAUUGGGGUUAUUUGAGUUGCAUCCAUUGGUCUAUGCUGCCUCGCCCAGAAUUGACAUUAUUCAUCAAAAUGUUAUAUGGCAAAAGAAAAUAAGGUUUGUAUCUUGGGCUCACACGAAGACUAGAGCGGAAGUAAGGGGUGGUGGUAGAAAGCCGUGGCCACAGAAGGGCUUGGGUCGUGCUCGUCAUGGUUCCAUUCGCUCCCCACUAUUCCGCGGCGGUGGUGUCGCCCACGGCCCUCGCUCCGGCAAAACCCACUUCUUCAUGCUACCUUUUCACCUUCGCCUAAAUGGACUAACCACAACAUUAUCAGCAAAACUAGCCCAAGAUGAUCUACAUAUAGUAAAGGACUUGAUACUGCCCACAGAUAACCCGGAAUAUUUAAAUGAUCUUAUUGAGAAGAGAAAUUGGGGCCCUUCAGUGUUGCUUGUUGAUGACACUGAUUAUGCACCAAGAAACAUUACAGUGGCUACAGACAGCAUACCUCAUGUCAACAUUAUACCAGUCUAUGGUCUGAAUGUAUUCUCCAUGUUGAAACAUGAUACCCUUGUGCUAACUCAAGCAGCUGCCGAGAGAAUUGAGGAAAGAUUAUUGAAAUGGCUCAAUGCCGAUACAAGAAGACAGCAACAAGCUUACAAAUUAAAUCAAGUUUAGUAAAGAAUGUAUGGUUUCUGAAAGCUGUAUUUGUAAGGCAUUUGUAGACAUGAUGAACAGAACAAAUGUAAUUAACAAACCUAUAUUAAUUUCUGUUUACCACUUUGUUCAAUUAUGAAGUGUAAGUCAUUUUGUGGGCUUGUUUUAUCCAUAAGGCAUCAGCUGUUAUUGUAUAGUAGUGUAAAAAAUAUAGCAAAAUAAUAAAA